ACAAUGGACUACAUUGAAGAUGAGGCCGAUAACCCUCAAACAGUGUUUCACACCCUCAAAGAUGCAGUCUUAGCACCUUAUCGCAUCGCGACGUCGCCGACCCUCCUCCGCACCUAUCUGACAACCAUCCUCUUCUUCAUCGCAAGCAGUAUCUUAUUUGCUGUGGCCGUCGUUGCGUAUACAUCUUUUUACUACGCGUACAUUCCCAUUCGAGGUCUUUCUGCACCAGUGUAUCUGCAGUAUAACCACGCCGCCCAAACUCCUCAAACCGAAGGCCCGGAUCUUCGUGUAAAUCAACAGACAUGUCAGACGAGCCAGACGAGACAUCCCUAUGGUAUUGCAAAUGUGCAAGGUCUGGUCAGUAGACAGAAAUACGACAUCAUCGUUACCAUGAACGUCCCACGCAGCGAACGCAACCUCGCAGCUGGAAACUGGAUGCUCAGUCUAGAGAUGAGAAGUCCAGAGACUGGUGGUGGUGGUAUGAAAGGACUAUUGGGUUGGGAUGAAGAAUGGGAGGUAGACGAUUACUCGCAAGGAGGCACAUCUGGCACAACCACAGACAAAGUUUCCGCUGCGCAACAGCCCGCCGAAGAUCUGGGAUCCAAAUCCAAAGCUGACAAACCUGUGGUGCUGGCCCGGAGCAGGCGUCCCGCCAUCCUAACUUACAGAAGCUGGACAACAGAGCUAGCACACCGUGUGCUACGCCUACCACUCUACAUCCUUGGGUUCGGCCACGAGGCCGAGCAAGUCAAGGUCAAGAUGAUGGAAGGCGUCGCAUUCGACAAGGGAUGGCGCAACGUCCCCUCCUCGCUCCGUCUAGAAGUCCGCUCCAAAUCGCCUCUCGAGGUAUACAGCACCUCCGUGCGCGUAAUCGCGCGACUAGAAGGGAUCCGCUACAUCAUGUACACAUACCGCCUCUCAAGCGCUGUCCUCUUCACGGGUGUCUUCUGGGGGGUGGAGAUGGGCGUCGUGCUCCUCACCUGGGGCCUCUUUUCGCUGUUCUUCGCAAACUCCGAACAUGAUGGCCAUCGUAGCGGCGAUGGAAACCCUGUUUCUGGUUCGGCUUCCAAUGCGCUCUCGUCCCCUGCAUCGUCUCCCAGCGGGAUUAAACAAGAGGAUGAUCCUAUCGGCGCUAUCACACCCAAGACUGAGCCUGCGGAGGAAUCUGCGCCCCCGACGCCCAUGUCUGACACCUCGCGCACGUUCCCCACCCUGUCUGGUCACCAGCCGCUGUACUACUCAUCGUCUGAGCCCAAGAAUGAGGGCGGUAGUGGUAGGGUCGGUACACCUGGAAUGGAGGAUGUGCAGAUCAAGGAGGAGGAGGCGGAUGAUGAAGAGGAUGACGACUUUUUGCUCGAGGAUCCACCUGCAUCGAGGGAUUUGGAUUCGGGGAUCGGAACUGGGCUGGACAGUGGGGUGGAGAGUGGGAAGGGUCUGGGAAGAAGAAGGAGUGGGAGGAGAGGUAGAUGA